AACACAUUGCCAUCACCGACAUCUCCGCUGCCACUUCCCUUCUUUCUCCAUUCCGCCGACAUCCAAGUGAACGUCUGGUACGCUUUACGACUCGCUACAGCACUUGACAUCGACUGUAAUUCCCCGCAACACCGCCAUCAUGUUCAUCGCGCGAUCAGAAUAUGGUAUGAACAUCAACACCUUCUCCCCCGAGGGACGUCUCUUUCAGGUCGAAUACUCGCUCGAAGCCAUCAAGCUGGGCAGCACAGCAAUCGGCAUCUCCACUUCUGCCGGUGUCAUCCUUGGUGUAGAAAAGCGCAUCACAUCGUCCCUUCUCGAGACCAGUUCCGUGGAGAAGAUCGUGGAGAUUGAUAGGCACAUUGGAUGCGCCAUGUCAGGGUUGCAGGCAGAUGCACGCAGUAUGAUCGAACACGCACGAGUUACUUCGCAAAGCCACGAAUUCCACUACAACGAGCGGUUAAGCGUCGAGAGCUGUACACAAGCCAUCUGUGACCUGGCAUUGCGAUUUGGUGAGGGAGCUGAGGGUGAGGAGAGCAUCAUGAGUCGACCUUUCGGUGUGGCGCUGCUCAUUGCCGGAUACGACGAGAACGGACCUUCACUCUACCACGCCGAGCCAUCGGGCACGUUCUACCGAUACGAUGCGAAAGCCAUUGGUUCAGGCUCUGAGGGCGCUCAGGCCGAGCUGCAGAACGAGUUCCACAAGUCGCUCACGCUGCCCGAGGCAGAAGAGCUGGUGCUGAAGACACUGAAGCAGGUCAUGGAGGAGAAGCUAGAUUCCAAGAACGUACAGCUUGCUAGCGUGACCAAGGAGAAGGGUUUCAGGAUCUACACAGACGAGGAGAUGGCGGGCGUUGUGUCACGGCUGGAGGGAAACUGAAGCAAGAGCAUGGAGUACGAGUAUGACGCAUGACUGGUAUACACCAGAUUGUAUAUUACGGAUCAGAGCAUUGCAUCGGCGCGAUGGCGCUGGUGCGUAGAAAGAGCCUGUUCAGAUGCUGAAUGCGACACGAGAGAUCGAUCAUACACCUUCCAAGAUCAACAAUGAUGCCGUUCGCGGCCCAUGCAUUGCUGACGGCACUUUGAUCGAAGACGAAUGGGCGAUUGAUGCAAUAGCAGGAGUCUCGAUAAGAACGACGUGUGCAACGCACUCUCGACAUAAGUCGCCGAUUAGCAUUUGCGACAAAUGCAACAUAAGCUGACAACGUCGAUAUCCGU